CCCCGAAACUACCUUCUGUUGAACUUAUAUUAAUAGAUUUACUAUUUCCCUUUUUUGGUUAUUUUAUUCGUUUGUCGUUGCCCGUUCUCGUCGAACGUUAUGCUGCUACUUAUACUCUCGUACAUAGAAUGCGUCGUCCUGUGUCGCUUCCUCUUGUUUCUUUCUAUCUCAUUGUACAUCAUUUCUCUCCCUGUAUCUUUGUUACCCCACACUCUCCCCUUAUACCUUCAUCUUCAUAAUCAUCAUGCCCCCCACACCAAAGUCUCCUACUCAGGCUAGACGGACCGGAGCGCCCAAGGCUAAAGGCGCUGUGCGCGCCAAGUCGGGCUGUUACACGUGCAGAAUCCGUCGGAAGAAAUGCGACGAGCAGCCCAACGACGACGGCAGCUGCCAAACAUGUCUUCGUCUUCGUCUACAAUGUCUUGGUUUUGGCGCAAAGCGUCCAGAAUGGUUGCGGGCAAGCGACAAAGUCGUCGACCUACGAGAAAAAAUUAAAAACUUUCUUGCCGCACAAGGAAUGAUUAAAGGGCAUUCUGGUGCUGGGCCUCGUCCCAACGACCAGGAGCCUUCUAUUCUAUCACUUUCGGCGGACUAUGCUUCUCCAAGCACGAGUCCGCAGACACCCACAUUGUCGAUCUCCAGCGACGAGCGACACCCGGGUAUAGCCCGUAAUGAUUAUCUUCGGGGGGACACUGAUGCUCGUAAGACUCCUAUCGUGGAAUACCCUUGCUCGUUUUCUCAUAUCGUCGUAGGACUUCCCGUGAUGCAGGACAUUGAUUCACCAUUGGACGCUCGGGAAAAUUAUCCUGGGGUUAUGCUGCCUGCGUAUCCUUCCACUACUUAUACGACUAGCUUAGAUCCAUCAUGUAAGACCCCGUAUCGGACGCAAUCAAUCCUGCCUCGACCGCACACCAGCGACUUCUCUGCAACGUACCAUGCAUACUUCCCGGACGAAGACGAGAAUAACGUCGUCAUUCCCUCUGGAUAUCUCUUGCCCCAGCCGGUUAACACCAUCCAACACAACUGGUUUAACCUGAACAUGCAACAAAACGCAUCAUUGCAACACUAUAUGCACCAUGUUCUGCGUAUCCAAUAUUUGCAUGCCGACGGAUCGAUUGAUAAACUCAUAUGGAAUCUGAUACAUUCCAGUGAUUCAGCCCGAGAGGCUGCAUGUUUGCUUGCGGAUUUGCACCGCAAGAGCACCCAAGGUGCAAUUGGUUUUACUGCGCCAACAGACCAUGAUGUGUACGCACGCAUCCAAAGUGCACCAGUGACAGAAGGAGACGCUCUUGCAAGUCUUUGCAUGGUUUCCUAUUUCCUCUUCUCUGGGGGGCAAGGGCAGUGGCAAGCGUUCCUCGACAGCGCUUGCGAAUUUUCGAUCAAAUUUCUCCAGCGGAAACAUCAUGCACCAGACUGGGCGCUGAGCUUAUGCAGUGACAGCAUGCGGUUUAUCAUCAAGACGUCCAUGUGGUUCGAUGUCCUUGCUUCUGCCACGCUGAUCCGUCGUCCCAAGUUCCUUGACGUGCUCCGUUCGCUCUAUGACCCCACCACUGCCGUUGAUGAUGGCGGACCGGAGCUUUCCAUGAUGGGGGUCAUGGGAUGCGAAAACCGCAUCGUCCUCGCCCUCGCUGAAAUCGCUGAUCUCGCAUGCUGGAAGGAUGAAUGCAGGCGUGCUGGGAGACUCAGCGUUCCCGAACUCGUCAGACGGGGGCAAAAUAUCGAAGGCAUUUUGAAGACCACCAAUGACCCUGACCACCUCCAGGGCUUUGAAUCGGAGAAGUUACGCCGACGGCGCCUCACAUCUGACGUAUUCCGCGCGUCCGCGCUUGUUUAUCUCCACUCCGUUAUCUCUGGGGAUCAUCCACAAUGCCCAGAGAUUAUGAGCAACAUCGCAGAAACAGUCAAUUGUCUCAGGCGUGCUGAAGAUGUCAGCACGGCACGGCAUGUUGUGCGCAGCGUCGUGUUCAGCAUCUGUAUAUGUGGCUGCUUGACGGAUGUCCCUCAAUAUCGCGAUUACUUCCUACGACGCCUGCAGGAGCAGCAGACGGAGACAGUGGGGAACUGUGCUCGGGUCGCUGAACUUAUGAGACAAGUGUGGAGGAGCCGAGAACGAGGGGAGCCCGUGGACUGGCGUGUUGUUAUGCAACAAUCCCAGAUGCUUCUUGUCUAA